AGCAGAAUUCUAACAUAUUUAUUGAUUUAUUUGUGAUUUACAUAUUUACAUGUGUGUUUGACACAAUUCUUAAUUAUGUUCUUGAUAUGCAUAUAUUUGCUUCUUAAAUUUUAAGUUUCCUAUAUUUUACUUUGUUUAUAGUCUCAACUAUAAUUGCAAAGUUUAAUUUUAGAGGAUUCAGCUUUUAAAUGUUUUCCCGUUAUAAUUUUUGGACCUCCAGCUGUACCGUAACUGUAAAUAUAGUUCUGUAUUUGUCAAGAGACUUUAGAAGUGGAAAUAGAUACCUUCACGAAUCUUAAAAAGACUUCUUCAGAGUCUGUAAACAGCAUGACCAUGUAUACUUAUCUCUUUCUUUUCAGUGCAAUGAAUCAUCAAAAUGGCAGGCUCAUUGUGGUGGCAUGCUGAAAUGAUUGAGUGGGAACUGUGCCCAGAACUGAACUGUAAAAAAAAAAACAAACAAAAAAAACAACAAAAAAAACCUUAUCCAAACACACUGUCCUGUACUGUAAUGCAUUGGCCCAACUAGAUUCUUUUGGAUGCUUUGGUGAUUGCUCUUUUGUUUGGGCUUGGAGAAUUCAGAGCUAUGGAAUUCAGAGCUCAGAUUUGAACACAAUAUUAAGAUUAUUGCAAUCUGAAGUGAAUCUGUGCAUGUUAUCCAGAGCCAGAGACUGCAUUCUGCACUUUCCUUUCACCUCAGGCAUGCAGUCAGGAUGUAUAAAUGAAAUGUUGUAUGGUAUGUUUACUGUAGUUGCUUAGAAGUCCCAUUCUUUACCAAUGCUCAAAUGUGAUUAAAUUUUUUUCUUGUUAAAGGAAACAGCUUAGAACAAACCCAUGUAAGUAUCUUUAUUUUCAAUGAUUUAACAUUUCCAAAUGUUAAAACCAACACAGGUGAAAGUGUUUGCCUAGCUUUAUUAAAAUGGCAUUCCCAGUUAGAACUUGUGAAUGACAGAUACUUCAGGCUUUCGAAGGAAGCUAAAACAUAUAAUAAUAUGUUUCAGAGCAAUUCAGAGCAAAAGAGGGCACUAAAACCAAUUUUUAAAGAAAAUAGGGAGGAGACAAAACUCAAUGCUACCUUUUCUUUUAAUAACUGUCUUCCUCUUUCUAGAAGAAGUUGUACUUCCUCAAUACUUGCUUUAUUUCUAGACGGCACUCUAAAACAUUUGCCAGAAGGUGGCGACAUAAACCCUUAUUGCUUAGAGCUGUCCCAGGUGCUGAACCCAGUUUCUGAGAUAGGAGAGGCUAGCCGGCUAGCGAACAGGGAUUCCACCAAGUUUCCCCCAGAGGUUUGCAGGCUCUGGUAGGAAGUGCAAACGGCCAUAUAAAAUGCCAGGCUUCACUUAAAACACAUAUGCAAAAUAUUUCCAUCCCUGAAUUUGCUAGCCACAAAGUGACAGUGUCACCGAAAUUACAAGUGUAGUAGUGAUGGAAAAGAGUGUGUGUGUGUUUAGAAUAUAUAUCACAUUGAGUUUUGUUCUUCAUUUCGAGGUGCAGUUGUUUACCUCUCCUUGUCCUUUGACACGUCCUUUAUAAUUUUGUUCUCUCCUAGUUCCCCAAGGUUAAAAAAAAGUCACAGGCAAUAUCCUCCCCGAAGGAAUCCGGUCUGACUGUUAGAUGAUAACGGAGGUAGCGUUUUUGUUGUUUGUUUGUUUGUUUGUUUGUUUGUUUGUUUUGAGACGGAGUCUCGCUCUGUCGCCCAGGCUGGAGUGCAGUGGCGCGAGAACGGAGGGAGGUAACUUUUUAAAAACGAGACACACUCCGCCUUCUUCCUUCAAUUAGCAAUUAUUGGGAGACUGACCCAGGACUGUUCACCUUCCCAUUCAGGCUCCCUGUGCUUCCUUUACUCAUCUCCUGUUGCCACUCAGGGAUGCUGACACGAUUUAAGAAUUUGACAGAUAAUAUGAGGCAAUGAGUAGUCGGAAUUCCCUCCCCCCGAAUACCCCCUCCCCAGUCUGACUGGGUUGGAGGAGGAGUUUAUCUGUUACAACCUUGGUCUGACCGACAGGGAUCCGGUGUGUGUAAGUGAGUUCUGAGUCUCUGUUGACAAAAAGGGACUGGAAGGCAAAGACGCUGAGCUUGAGGGAGAGGAGGGCGGGGACCCAGAGGAAAGAGGCACUCCUCGGGGUUGGGGAAAUAUUAGGAGGGGAGGGUUAGAAUGGGAGGGAGGGAGCCUGGCUUUCGAAGCGACUCGCAGAGGGAUAAAUAAAGGGAAGUGAGGAGGAAAAGCGAGACUGAAAGGGAAGGCAAGUGGGGAGAAGGGGGUCGAAAGAGGCAGAAGAGAAAGAGAGAAGAGAGAGGAGGAGAGAGGGGGAGAGAAGGAAGGAAGGAAACAGGGAGAGGAGGGUCACAGAGUGACCGUGGAGGAUGGGGCUUCUCAGUUCUAGAUAUUUCUGGGAUUGGAGACUGUUUGCUAGAGGGGAGACUCCAGCUCCUCUGGCAGCCAGUUUGGGAGCGGCAAAGUAAAAUGGACAGCGACAGACAGACGUUCCAGCCACCUCUCCGCCGCCCGGAGAUCCUGGAGCUGCUUUCAGGCCAACUCCAGUUUCCCAGCUGGAGCCUCUGAACGCGCUGGACUGCGCGAGCCGGGGAAGCGCCUGAAAGCUGCUCCUCAGAGAUACCUUCGCCGAAGCAGUAAGAACUUCCUGCUUGGGUGCCUGCAUUCCCUUCCUCCGAAACUUCCCAGGAGAAGUGGGGGGAAGACCCCAGGGGAAGGGGCGAGGCGGAUUUCGCGCUGCUUUUUCUUCCCUCCCCGUUCCCGCGCCGGGCGCGCAGGCAUGGAUGUGCUCAGCCCUGGUCAGGGCAACAACACCACAUCACCACCGGCUCCCUUUGAGACCGGCGGCAACACUACUGGUAUCUCCGACGUGACCUUCAGCUACCAAGUGAUCACCUCUCUGCUGCUGGGCACGCUCAUCUUCUGCGCGGUGCUGGGCAAUGCGUGCGUGGUGGCUGCCAUCGCCUUGGAGCGCUCCCUGCAGAACGUGGCCAAUUAUCUUAUUGGCUCUUUGGCGGUCACCGACCUCAUGGUGUCGGUGUUAGUGCUGCCCAUGGCCGCACUGUAUCAGGUGCUCAACAAGUGGACACUGGGCCAGGUCACCUGCGACCUGUUCAUCGCCCUGGACGUGCUGUGCUGCACCUCAUCCAUCCUGCAUCUGUGCGCCAUCGCGCUGGACAGGUACUGGGCCAUCACGGACCCCAUCGACUACGUGAACAAGAGGACGCCCCGGCGCGCCGCUGCGCUCAUCUCACUCACUUGGCUUAUUGGCUUCCUCAUCUCUAUCCCGCCCAUGCUGGGCUGGCGCACCCCGGAAGACCGCUCGGACCCCGACGCAUGCACCAUUAGCAAGGACCACGGCUACACUAUUUACUCCACUUUCGGAGCUUUCUACAUCCCGCUGCUGCUCAUGCUGGUUCUCUAUGGGCGCAUAUUCCGAGCUGCGCGCUUCCGCAUCCGCAAGACGGUCAAAAAGGUGGAGAAGACCGGAGCCGACACCCGUCAUGGAGCAUCUCCCACCCCGCAGCCCAAGAAGAGCGUGAAUGGAGAGUCGGGGGGCAGGAACUGGAGGCUGGGCGUGGAGAGCAAGGCAGGGGGUGCUCUGUGCGCCAAUGGCGCGGUGAGGCAAGGCGACGAUGGCGCCGCCCUAGAGGUGAUCGAGGUGCACCGAGUGGGCAGCUCCAAAGAGCACUUGCCUCUGCCCAGCGAGGCUGGUUCUACCCCUUGUGCCUCCGCCUCUUUCGAGAGGAAAAAUGAGCGCAACGCCGAUGCCAAGCGCAAGAUGGCCCUGGCCCGAGAGAGGAAGACAGUGAAGACGCUGGGCAUCAUCAUGGGCACCUUCAUCCUCUGCUGGCUGCCCUUCUUCAUCGUGGCUCUUGUUCUGCCCUUCUGCGAGAGCAGCUGCCACAUGCCAACGCUGUUGGGCGCCAUAAUCAAUUGGCUGGGUUACUCCAACUCUCUGCUUAAUCCGGUCAUUUACGCAUACUUCAACAAGGACUUUCAAAACGCGUUUAAGAAGAUCAUUAAGUGUAAGUUCUGCCGCCAGUGAUGACGGAGGAGUAGCCGGCCAGUCGGGGCUACAGGAUCUGCUCCAUUCACUAUGCUUCCCCCAACCCUAGGGAAUCAACACUUAAGAUAAUUUGCCACUUCUUCUCUGUCUCUCUGCUCCGCCCGCGGCUUGCGGACCUGGUCCCCUCCCCACUUCCCGCUCCAGCGCAGGGCGCUUUGUGCAAAGGAGACCCAGCGGUGGGGCGUGAGAGCCCAGAAAAUUCAGAGUUUGUGAGAAGCGACAUUGGCUCAGACUUUGCCUUUAGCAUCAGUUUUGAUCCCAGCAAUUGCCUCUUCUCUCUUCUAUCCCCUAAAUCUUUGCGGUAGAUGUUUAAUCCUUAGUUGUUCAAGGCAGAAGAUCCAAAAACUAAAAAAUAAAUAAACUGUACACACAGCCGCCGCGCCCACUAAGGAGCUCCACCCUAUCACCCAACUUCUAGAACUUGGACUUCAGGUUCGGGAAUUUGCUCCAUCUCUCCCGCCCUCUGGCCCUUGAAAUAUUCACCUUUU